AUGUAUCGCCGAUUGCAACCAGCAUUGAACCUGUUUGCUCGUUGCAACAUUUCGAAAUCAGGUGUUCGAUUUUCAUCAUCUGCGCAAAAAUUGUCUCAGCAACAAAUUUUCGAUCGGGAGGACAAAUUCGGAUGUCAUAAUUAUCAUCCACUUCCAGUUGCUCUUUCGAAAGGAAAAGGUGUAAAAGUUUGGGACGUUGACGGUAAAAGUUAUUUUGAUUUCCUAUCGGCGUAUUCCGCUGUUAAUCAAGGACAUUGCCAUCCGAGAAUCGUCAAGGCACUGAAAGAUCAAGCCGAUAUAUUAACACUGACGUCAAGAGCGUUCUUCAAUGAUGUGCUUGGAGAGUAUGAAGAGUUCAUAACGAAGUUAUUUGGUUAUGAUAAAGUACUGCCAAUGAAUACAGGUGUUGAGGCGUGUGAAUCAGCCGUCAAGCUGGCACGUCGAUGGGCAUACGACGUCAAGAAAAUACCACACUAUGAAGCAAAAGUGGUGAUGGCCAAUGACAACUUUUGGGGUCGUAGUAUUGCAGCCGUAUCAUCUUCCACCGAUCCGGAGAGUUACGGUGGAUUUGGACCGUUUCUGCCAGGAUUCGAGAAAAUACCAUAUAAUGAUCUUGAAGCACUUGAGAAAUCGAUAAGUGAUCCAAAAACCGCUGCCUUCAUGGUGGAACCGAUACAAGGUGAGGCGGGUGUUGUGGUACCCGAUGACGGUUACCUCAAAGGAGUUCGAGAACUUUGCACGAAGCACAACGUGCUCUUCAUUGCUGACGAAGUGCAAACUGGACUGGGACGCACAGGAAAGUUAUUAUGUACACACCACGAAAACGUUCGACCGGACAUCGUGACCUUGGGAAAAGCUCUUUCUGGUGGAUGUUAUCCAGUUAGUGUUGCGCUCUUGUUAUUAAUCAGUUGA